AUGCGACUCAAGCCCUCAAAACCAGCGCUACUCGCCAGCUUUCUCACUGUUGCCAUGCUGUUCAGCUCGCCGGGCAUGCGACCAGACGUGCCCUCGCAAAGUAGUGUCGACCCGACUUACGCUGGAAGGAAUACACCUUACUCCAGUCAGCGACCUGAUCGCCCUGAAGUCCUCCCUACUGCGACCAGCAUCAACGACACGAUCCCUUUGCGACAGUUCUUGCACGAACGAAUCGGGGAGCUGCCAAAAGAUGACUAUCUUUGGCUUACGAUGCUUGAUGGCUCAUAUCUACGCAAAGGUGGCAGUGACCUCGCACUCUUCUUGCAACGAUUGGCGGAUGGCACCUUGCCCCCGGCAUCGGGCCGAACGAAGGUGACUCCCGAUCACAGCCCACUAGAAAUGUGGAAAGUACCGAUAGACGCUGGCGAUACUUUCUAUGACGCCGAGAUGAAUGCUAUAGCUCGGGGACAUCAAGACUUGCUAGUCCUCUGCACAGACCAAGAUUGCGUGGACAUCUGCAACGAGCGAGGCUGGUUCGGCUAUGGUGGACUGAUACAGCCCAGCCAGGCUUACGGGUCUGCCAAGCAUCCGCUCAUGAUGACAAAGCUGAUGGCCUUUAACCAAAUCUCUGCGGCCGGCUAUCGCUUUAUAUUUGUUGAGGGCGACGUGUGGCUGCGGCACGAUCCCUUUCCGUACUUUCCCGACCUCUCGCCAGACGGGAGCCACAGUGUUGCUUUCACCUUCGAAGGCUCUGCCGACGUCAACGCUGGCGUCAUCUUAUCAGGUGGUGGCUACCGUGCGGCGGAAUUGUGGCGCAGAGCGCUCGAGAACUAUAUCAAUGUGCCGGGGCAAUGGGAGCAAGGAGCGAUCAACCAUGUGCUGGAAUUGACCUAUCCGAACUAUACUGUAGGUAUGCACGAGCGCAAGGCAGCAACACCAUGGGGCCUUGGCGUUCACUAUCUCGAUCGUCACCGUUUCGUACAGUACCAUCUCAGCUAUGGCGUGGCAGCAGAGAGCGUGCUCUUUCACGGCACAUGCAUCGAUGAUUACGAGAUUCGUCGCAUUGUCGCUGCAAACCACGGUUUUGCACAGGAUGUCGAUGGUUAUUAUUCUCAGCCUCGGAAAAUUCUGGCAGUCGAUGCCCUUGUAGGCGAUACUGAGAGUCUGCAGGCGACGUUUGCCGUCAUUGUUGGUCUUGCCGCCGAAUCUGGGCGCGCGCUCCUACUCCCACCGACGGCGCUCUACUUGAAUGCCAGCACGAUGCCUCCCGUCCGCAAUCGAGACGUCUGGUCAGUGAUACCCUUCGAAGAGACUGCCCGAGAAUACGGCGUCACUUUGCUCGAGCCACGUUAUCUGUUGCAUAGGCAGCAAUAUCAGACCGCGUCAAGCGAUUUACGGUUACUAGACGUACGAAUGCGCCCAAGUUACGCGCAGCUCAGCAAGGCUCUGCUCAGUCCGGUAUAUAGCGAUGCGGAGAUCGUUAGUCUGAACAUGGGUACUAUGCCUAGCCGGCCGUUUGAGCACUGGCAAGAUGUCCCCCAGAACUUUAGACGAGUCAGGAUGUGCUACGAUCUCUGGACCACGCCGGGCUGCGCAGCCACCUGUCUGCGCGAGCCUUUCGUUGCGCAUUGUGAAAGACCAGCAGCGAAAAGACGCGGCGAACUGUGGGCGAUGCAGAAGCCAAGGCUAUAUCCGUCGCCAUCCGAAGAUGCGGUUUAA